UGAAAGGCAAAUCGUUUCGUAGCCUGUCGUUACAUCUUGCACUUCAGGCAUGCGCGGCACUCAAGCCCCACUCGCUGUUGCGCUCGCAGCUUGGUCAUUCUGACACAUCUCUUGACGGCCUGAAAGCCUUCUUGCAGCCAUGUUUGCCGUCGUAGUCGCUGGCCGGCUUCCGCUGACCACGCCGCAGCAAAUCGAUCCAACUCAUAUUGUCUUUCCGCUGGAAGAAGCGAACAGCAUCAACCAUGUUACAGUCUUCAUGGAUGGCUCACAGGCUUUCCCUCCUGGCUACAGCGCAAUUGUGCAUUUCCUGUGGCCAGGCGAGGGGAAGGAGUGGAUGCUUUUAGGAUGCCUUCGGAAUGCGAAGCCUUCGGCUAUCUUCAAAUUGAGAGGGACUGCUAUUCCUUCUUCUUCUUCAUCUGCAGGGGCCACGCCCGGCGGCAGCGACAGCCUGUUCGCUUCGGGCGGAGUGGGGCAAAGUACAUCCGAAGGUGUCACCGCUCAACUCGGGAUCAGCAUUGAGCUGGAUGAGGUCGUAGAUGCUCAAAUGGCUGCUCUAGCACAUGCCACGGGUGGCGCGGCUGGCGCUGCGGGAGCUGGACCCGCAGAUGCUAGUGCUGCCAGCGCGAAUGCUGGUGCGCUCGUCAAGGCGGGAGAGAGAGACGCGACUUUGUUGAUCGAAGCUGCAUUGGCUGUGGCACCGCGAAUAGCCAAAAAUGCAUUUUCGUACCUAUCUUCCUUCGCACCCGAUUCGGCGCCGCAGACAGCGCCUCUGCUUCAAAAGUGGCUUGAACAAUUCGAGCGCAAACUCAAGGCGCAGGGAGCAGCCUUUCUGGAGAAGGACGUUUAAUGUGUUUGAUCGCUGAAGUGCUGAAAAACUGAAGGGUCGCCAGUGCACCGUGUGCAAGCAAUGAUACAAAAGGUUUUUGCGUUCUGACAAAGACCCUCCUGGUAUAAAUUGACAGCUCAACCACGACAAAUGUAGCAUAUGUGACGAGGAGAUACAUUAGAU